GUGAAGAUGGCUGGUAAAUCACCCAAUGAGGAUCGCCAGUAAGCAACGCAUUCUUUCUCGCCUACUUGUAGAAGAAGAAUGUCCGAGCGAACCGGGACCUUAAGCCCGCGCGCGAAUGCAAAGAGCAACGGCUCAUUCGCAGCGCCGGCGCUGGAACGGUCGCCACGGAGUACGGAAGCUCUCGACGUAGCCCCAUAUACUAUGACCGUGUCGGUCCGGAAAGGGGACGAUAUCCCUUUCAAAGACUCUCAGGAUUGGGAAUCUGGGAUAUCAAUUAUAAAGGAGGGGGAGGGGGAGGCCGUCAAAAAUGUUGUAGACUGGGAGCAAUUAGAGAUCACUCCUCCUCGACAGCUCUUCAACGCUCGGGCAACACCAGAUACCAAUUUCGUCCUUGCCCCAGAAUCGCUAUCGGAACCCCAGUCUCCCGUGACAGCGCACCUACAGAGAACGUCCGAAGGCAGGGCCCAAUCAUCGACACGAAUGAUAGACGAUGAUCGCUUUCACAUGGGUGGUCUGACGACAUGUUCCCGUUUUCACGACGCUCUUGCAGAGGAAGAGCAUAUUUCAUCCGUUGUCGCCAACGUUGUGCGAUCGGGUGAGAUCUGGAUGGAGGAAAGAUCGGAGCAGGUUGAAAAUAGCAGCGUACUGGCAGACACAACCCUUCAUCUCCAUGGGAAGUCUCCUCAACAAAGCCAGACGCUAGGCUGGUUUGACCGUGAGCAGGCUCUCCUUGCCCAGAUCCACAAUUACGAGCGCCAAUUGCAGGAUCUUAAACAACAGGCAGAACAAGAGGGCAUUCAGAGUACGCUGGAGAUAGAUCGUCUUCGGCGGAUUGUGAACAGACUCCCGAAUACCAGACUAGAUCAGAUUCCGGAUGCUGAGGUCAAUGCUUCAGAUGAGAAUAAUAUUCCCUCCUUGAGACUGGACGAGGCCGGAAUCCCUAGUACCAGAGAGCUUCUGGACGAGAUUGCAAGAUUAGAAGAAGAGUUGGAGCAGGCGGAGUACAAUGCCGAUCAGCGGGAUCAAAUUCUCACAUGGUACAGGACAAAGAUGGAGAAGGAGCAGGCUUCGAUGGAAAAGUUUCACGCGCUUGAACUUGAUUGUGCAGAAACAGUCAUUCGUCGAUUGCUGGAUAAAGAGAAGAUGCUCACGGAGGAAAUCCGUACAUUGAGGGCUGAGAAGGAAAUUCUUCAGAGCCAAGGAGGCGCGAAAUCCUUGGACUCUCCCGUCAUAGAUAAUGCACAAAAGCAGGUUACCGAGCUUGAAGAGGAAGUUGCAAAGCUCAACGCAGAACAGUCAACAUCUGAUAUGGACAAUGCGCGAAAGCAGAUUGCCGAGCUUGGAGAAGAGGUCGCGAGACUGAAAGAGGAACGAUUGACACUGGAGCACGAGCGUGAAGAAUCAGAAUCUCGCUUAGCGCUAGAGAAUGCAGAGCUGAGGGCCGAAAAAGAGACGGCGAAGAAACGGAUAGCAAAGCUAGAAUCCAGCAUUGCCGACUACAAAUCCAAGCUGAAAUCGGAGAAAGAACAUGACCAUCUUUCUGCUGACAAGGCAGCGCUCAAAUCCGAUUUGGAAACCGCCAAGUUACAAAUUUCUGACUUGGAAACAAGCCUGUUGAAGUGGCAGACCGAGUACGAACAGCUCUCGCAAGAGAACAAGGAUUGCAUGGCUCGAUUAUCUGAGGAAAACUCUGCACUGCAGGCUGAAGUAAGAGCGGCCGAAGAUUGCAAAUCACAACUUGAAACCGACCUCGCAAGUCUUCAGUCGCUGUAUGACAGUUCGGAGCAGGGAAGACGCGCGGCAGAAGCCUCUUUGGUGCAGGAAAAGUCAGAAUUGAAUGCGGAAUUGGCACGAAUACGUCAGCAAGUCGAAGCAGGCAACACACUUCGUACACAGUUAGAAGCUGCACAAGAUUCACUAGCAAAGGAACGGCAGGAGACAGAGUUUGUUUGCGCCACAUUGAACGAUCAAAUCGAGGCCCUUCGCGAACAGUUAGCGGAAGCGACGACUAAUGUGGAUAGACUACGAAGCGAGCGAAAUCACUAUAUGCGCGGCUUGGCUGAGCAACUCAGUUCAAAAGAAGAUUAUAUGAAAGAAAAACAGAGAUGGGUGAACGAGAAAGAAAUUCUGGCUCAAGAGAAUGCAGGGCAGCGCAAACAAAUAACACAUUUGAGAAAGCAGCUGAACGACAUCAAGAGACUAUUGGACGAGGCCACAGCUAGCUCGAACAGUCAAUUAGAUACGCAGAGAAUUAAUGUGCUUGCCCAGGAAAAUGCGGGCUUGCACUCACUAGUUGAGGAAUUGAGGGGAACUAAUGCUAAACUAGCACAUGAUAUCCAGAUGGACAGUACCCGGCACGAAGCCGAGAUUAAUGAGUUGAAAUCCUUACUCGAGCGAUGCAACAAGCGGGUUGAAGACCUCAGUGCAAUAAACCAAAAGUUGAAUGCUCAACAAGAAAAGUGGCAGGAGAUUAUGAAAGAAUCUGGGAGUACGGAUUACAAGGCCAAUCUUACGCAGUUGGAGCAGCAAUAUAAUGCCGAGCACAUUGACUGGCGAAUUAGAGUUGAAGAUGCCUUGACAUAUCUAGAGCAGUCCCCUAUGGCCUUGCAACAGUUUCCAGCAGUUAAGAGAUCCGCAGAGCUAUUGGAGGAGGCACUAGAAAAACCAGCACGAGGCGAAUCUACAAUUGACGAUAGCACCAUGGAUGAGGAGGAAGCCCAGGAAGGGAAUGUUGGAAGUCAAUCUAUAUAUUCAUAGGCAUCUAAUCUAUCUUUGUAUGGUACAAGUAACAAGUAUGAGGCGCAGGGUGGCGGGUCCAGCCGCAAGAGUCAUGAACAAGAGUGGUAGGGACAUGCAGAAGCUGUGGGG